CACAUUAUUUUUAGUUACUUUCAGUAAUUACCACCCCCACCCCCCGAGAACGGCAUUUUAGUGAGCGAGCCCCCAUCGGCUCUCUCUACCAGCGGCUAACUGCUCCCCCUCCGCUAUCGCUGCGUCCGCCUGCGUUUUAACGCUCUCGGAUAAUCCCGGGAGCUGAAGGAGGGGCGUCCGCGGGAAUCUGCGUGUGACAGCUAUGGAGAAGUUGCUGAAAACGGAAUUGCAAACCUCUCUUCUGAAAGCACUUGGGAGCUCAGGAGGAGGGUGCAUAAGCCAAGCGCAAUGCUAUGAAACCGACCACGGGCGAGUGUUUGUUAAAAUCAACGGCCAACCUCAGGCUAGGACCAUGUUUGAGGGUGAAAUGGCAAGCUUAGAGGCCAUUCAGCAGACAAAUACUCUUCGGGUUCCAAAGCCAAUUAAAGUGAUUGAUCUUCCUGGAGGCGGGGCAGCAUUUGCUAUGGAGUACCUGAAAAUGAAGAGCCUCAGCAAAUAUUCAGCAAAACUUGGAGAGCAAGUAGCAGAACUUCACCUUCAUAACCAAAAACUUGGAGAGAAAUUAAAGAAAGAAGAAAGCACAGUUGGAAAGGGAGCAGGUUUGAAUGAACAUCAUUAUGUGGAUAAGUUUGGAUUCCAUAUAGUCACCUGCUGUGGCUAUAUACCUCAGGUGAAUGAAUGGCAAAGUGACUGGCCCACUUUCUUUAUACGCCAUCGACUCCAAGCCCAAAUGGAUUUGAUUGAGAGAGAUUAUGGCGACAGAGAGGCAAGAGAACUGUGGUCUCGACUAAAGCCGAAGAUUCCAGAGAUGUUUUGUGACUUGGAAAUUGUCCCUGCCCUCAUUCAUGGGGACCUGUGGGCAGGAAACGUAGCUGAAGAUGAUUCUGGCCCAAUUCUCUUUGACCCUGCUUGUUUCUAUGGCCACUCAGAAUUUGAACUUGCCAUUGCUUUGAUGUUCGGUGGCUUCAGCAGCUCUUUCUUCUCUGCUUAUCACAGCAAAAUCCCCAAAGCUCCAGGCUUUGAGAAGCGCAACAAGCUUUACCAGUUAUUUAACUAUAUUAACCACUGGAAUCAUUUUGGAACAGGCUAUCGAGGAUCUACUAUUAAUGUAAUGCGGAGACUUAUAAAAUAAUUCUCAAAUAGGCCUUGGAAAUGGUUAUCAUGCACACUGAGUUCCCCUGCUUGAAAUCAGAAUACCUGUUUCAGAGAAUGUGGGAGGGCGACCUGGAAGUUAUAAAAGGCAAGUGUUAAGAUAGCAUUUGUACAUGGUUGAUUCCUCACAAAAUGCUUGGUCUUGUAAUUUCUGUAUUCUAUAAUUUUAACCAGCAUAUUAAUAACUGCUUUAAUAAGGAAGAAAAACCAAUGUACAAUUUGUUAUUUGAGAGAAUUAAUUCUGUAACAGAUUUUUAGCCAGUAUAAGCACUGUCCACUAGCUAGCCAAAUGCUUUAUUAUGGUUCUGUUGCAGCAAUCUAGUCUCAUUAUUGAAUCUUAGUGUUCAGCCAGUCCUGUUUUGGGAUUUCAAGAGCAACACGAUAAUUCCAGAAGAUUCAGAGGCUAAAUCCACUGUCCACAAACUAGAGCCCCUUUGAACAUGUGAGACUGCUUGCAUGAAUGCAGUCUGGGGUUCCUGACUUUCCCCCCUCACUAACGGCAGCUCCUUGCACUGCGUCACAAACUGAUUUUAAACGUCUUACCAUUUCAGAAGUAGCCUGUCAGAGACAGCUGGCUCCCCAGUGCUGUUUUAUGUAUACAGUUCACCCUGUAGACUUUGGAAUUAAAACCAUAAGGAAGCACCUGAGAGACCAACAAGAUUUUCAGGGUAUAAGCUUUCAAAAGCCAAAGCUCCCCUCUUCAGAUACCAUCUUGAAAGAUUAUACUCCGAAAAUCUUGUUGGUCUCUAAGGUGCUACUGAACUCAAAUCCUGUUCUACUGCAGACCAACACAGCUACUGCCUAGCUGAAAUCAUGAUAUACAGUCUGAAACUAAUUUAUUUUGAAAUGAACUUCAAUAGGCAGUAUAAAGCUAAAUAUGGCGAUUGUAAAAUCUUCAUUUUCAUUUGAAACGAAACACGCAUAUAUCAAAGCUUUCUCUUGUCUGUAUCUGACCGAGCUUGCAUAGUGGCUUGUAAUAGCUUGGCAAGUGUGGAAUAAGCAGAAGGGCGUAAUAGCCUUUCCAUUCAAUUCCAUUCCUCUUCAAGAGAACCACUUAACUUGGAGGAAAGCUCCUCUGACUGGACAAAGACAUCUGAUUUUGCUGAGUGAAGUGCCAGGAUACAGGGCAUACAGAUAUGAAGCAAUAUUCAUUCUUUAACUGAAUUUUAUAUAUCCUUCCUUCGCCAAAUUGAAAUGCCCAAAUACUUUGAACUGAGCAGAAGGCAAAACUCCUGCAGUCUGAGCCCAGGCACCUGGCUUUUUAGAAAUUAAGACUGCCCCGUUGCUUUUGAGAGACAGUAAAACCUGCUUGAAACCUUUGAAAACUUUUAACAUGUGCUUGUGUUCCCAUAUAACUGCUAAGCCUUAUUACAAUAUUCUGUACCUGUUAGUAAUGAGAAAGAGAAUGGCAAAUUUAUAGUCUGAGACUUGCUAUGGGAACACAUGGUCUCCCAACAGUUGUACCAACAUAUCAUUCCCAUGAAAAUAAGUAAUUGAGGGUACACUGCAACAGUAUUACGAGCAUCAAAGGCAGAUAUUUCAGUGCAAAAAAAUUUUCGGCUGGGUUAUGUGGCAUUAUUAUCAAAGCUAAUAAGGGUCUCUUUGUUUAUUGAGUGGUGUAGGUAAUGCUAGUCACACACCUUUGUUAAUUAUGUGGUUCUUCCCCAAGUCUUCAUGUCAGGGAAAGCAUAAAUACAGUCCUAUUCAUGUUAGUUACUGUCUCUUCUGGCUAAGUAGCAUCUCUUGGAAAUGCAACAAAUACAUUAGAGACAUUUAUUGUACCUGAUCUCCAGCUAUGGUUUCCCACAAUUCUUCUUGUUCAGUCAUUCGGGCAUUCUUGGUUUUUUUACAAACACUUGCAUUUAUUCUAAAAUUCCAGGGCUUUUUUCUGGUAAAAGAGGUGGUGGAACUCAGUGGGUUGCCCUCAGCGAAAAUGGUCACAUGGCUGGUGGCCCUGCCCCCUGAUCUCCAGACAGAGGGGAGUUUAGCUGGCGUGGAAGGUAAUCUAAACUCCCCUCUGUCU